CUACUUUUUAAAAAGAGAAAAGAAAGAAAAAAAAUGAAAUUAUCAGCGAGAAGAAUACUGAAAACAUGCUUUUCAUAGAUAUGGAAGAAACCCUUCUGACCAGCCCAGAUUCUGAGCAGCGGCAGGAGCUGCAGGAAGAUCGAAUUCUUCCAGCCAAUAGGAGCAAGCCACGCCCUACGGAGGGGCCUAUAAAAGGCAGGUCCUGGCGACCAGUCCACACUCUGGAGUCCGAGUGUUGCAGAGAGAGGAUCCUCCUUGUCGGCUUCAAGAUGGACUCGGGAACUGAAGGCUCAGACCCGCACAGCCCCUCCAUGCGACACCCCACUGACCAGCCGCCCUGCCAACAGAAUUCCUUUAAAGAAAGGGACUCAGAUGUGGCGGAGAAACCACUCGAGGGAAAAGAGGAGACAUUCUCUUCCCAGUUAAGAGAGAGCUGCCCCCAGAGGCAAGGGUCAGAGCCCAAGACUGAUGAGGAAAAUUCCAAGGAAACUGAGCUCAAAAGAGACAGCGGCAUCUCCGGAUCAGAAUCGGAAAGCUGCUCCAGUUGGGAGGACUCCAGGAAGAGGAAAAUCAGUUCGGGCGACAGCACCUGUGAUGGAGCAGGGGCCUCUCUAGCACAUGAGCGCAGUGUGACUCCGCGAAGGAAGAAACGCAGGGCGCCCGGCGAGGACCGCGGCCGCGAGAGCCAGGAGCCCGCGGAUGCACGUCUCAGGAGACGCGGGGCGCCCGGCGCGGGGCGCGGCCGGCGGAGCAGAUGCCGGUCCCCAGGAGUCCGGCCGCCUCCCCUUCGGAAGAGGCUGGUGACCACCCUGCGCGCCCUGUCUGCGGCCAUCUAUCAGGACGUGGCUCGGGCGUGCGAGCGGCAGAAGCACUCCCCGCUGACCCGGGAGCAGCGCGCGGGGCUCGCGGGGCUCGGCGGGCCCCUGUACGCGGCCCUGCAGACCGUCUACACCAUGGCCAACCAGGCGGCCUACGGCUUCCCUGCCGAGAGCUGGCUCGCCCCAGGCCCGCCGCCGGGCCCCGGGGCUCGCGCUGGGGGUGGAGGGGAAGCCCGGGGCCCGCCCCUCCCCGGGGCCAGAGCUAGGCUGCCCGAGCUCCGUCCGGCCCUCUGGGUGAGAACAAAACCCUGCUACGGCCCCGAGUCUCCCCGAAACCCAGCGGGGUGUGUUUUAGACACAGCGUGUCAGUGA